ACAAAAUUUAAUUUAAAAUAUAAUGUCGGAAGAAAAUUUAAUUUUAUAUUAAUUAAAUUUUUAAAAUUAAUUUAAAAAAAAGCGAAAAUCAAUAAGAAUAAGAUGAAAUUAUUAUUAUUAAUAAUUUUCAUUUUUCAUUGUUAUCUAAAACAAUCUGAAGUAUCUGGAGCACAAUCUUAUGGUGGAAGAUUUUCUGGUUUUCACAAUGAAAUCACAUUAGGUUUACUUACUGAUACUAAAAAUGAUGAUAUUCGAAAAGUAUUUCGAAAAGCAGUUGAUGUAGCAAAUCGUGAUUUAAGUAUACCAAUUAGAGAUUAUACUGAUUCUGUUCAAUAUGGAAAUAUAUAUGAAACAUCAAAGAAAUUAUGCAAAAUGUUAAGAACUGGUAUUAGUGGUAUAUUUGGUCCAACAGCAAGAAAUACAGCAAAACAUGUUAUGAAUAUAUGUGAUACAAAAGAAAUACCAUUUAUUGAUUUACGUAUGGAAGAAAAUCCAUUUUCACCACGUAUUAAUAUGUAUCCAAAUCCAUUACAAUUAGCAAGAGCAAUACAAGCUGUUAUAAAAGCAUAUAAUUGGCCAAGUUUUACAAUAUUAUAUGAAUCAAGUGAAUAUUUAACAAUUGUUAAUGAAAUAACAAAUUUAUUUGAUCAAGAUGGUCCAAUAAUAACAAUUAGAAAAUAUGAUUUACAAUUAUAUGGAAAUUAUCGUAGUGUUUUAAGAAGAAUUCGAACAUCAAAAGAUAAUAGUGUUGUAAUAAUUGGUUCAAUUGAAACAUUACCAGAACUUUUAAUACAAGCUCAACAAAUUGGCAUAAUAACAGAUCAAUAUAAAUAUAUAAUUGGAAAUUUAGAUUUUCAUUCAAUUAAUUUAGAACAAAUACAAUUUAGUGAAGCAAAUAUAACUGGAUUCCGUAUUGUAUCACCAGAAAAUGAGGAAGUUAAAGAAUUAAUAAAAACUUUGGGUUAUGAUGAAGGAAUCGAAUUUCGUAAUGUAUCAUGUCCUAUUACACUUGAUAUGGCUUUAUUAUAUGAUGGCGUUAAAUUAUUUGCAAAAACAUCUGAAGAUUUUCAAUUUCAACAAGAAAUGAUAGAUUGUAAUAGUGAAAGUCAUUGGAAAAAUGGUUAUACAUUAUUGAAUCUAAUAGGUUUGAAAACAAUGGAUGGUGUAACCGGCAAAAUAAUAUUUGAAAAUGGUAUACGAAAUGAAUUUCAAUUAGAAUUAAUUGAAAUGACAACAUCUGGUUUAGUAAAAAUUGGAACAUGGUCCACUGAUUUAGAUCCAAGUUCAGAGCUUGAAUUUGAAAGAUAUGUACCGGAAGCUGUUCAAUUAGAAACAAAUGAUGAAUUAUCAUUAGUGAAUAAAUCAUUUAUAGUAUUAACUGCUUUGAGUAAUCCAUAUGGUAUGUUAAAAUCAUCAACUACAAAAUUAGUUGGUAAUGAUCGUUAUGAAGGUUUCGGUGUUGAGUUAAUACAAAGAUUAGCUGAGAAACUUGGUUUCAAUUAUACAUUUCAAAUACACAAGGAUAAUCAAUACGGUGCUUAUAAUGUUGAGACAAAUACAUCAACAGGAAUGAUUCGUGAAAUAAUGGAAGGUAGAGUUGAUUUAGCAAUUACUGAUUUAACAAUUACUUCUCAACGUGAAGCUGGAGUUGAUUUUACGAUACCUUUUAUGAAUCUUGGUAUUGCAAUUCUAUAUAAAAAACCACAGAAAGAACCACCAAAAUUGUUUUCUUUCAUGGACCCAUUCUCGAAAGAAGUUUGGAUGUAUCUUGGUUUAGCAUAUUUAGGCGUAUCUUUAAGUUUAUUUAUAUUAGCGCGAUUAUCGCCAAUGGAAUGGGAUAAUCCGUACCCGUGCAUUGAAAAACCAAUUGAAUUAGAAAAUCAAUUCAGUUUUAGUAAUUCACUGUGGUUUUCAACAGGAGCUCUAUUGCAAGAGGGUUCAGAAAUUGCGCCCAAAGCUCCGUCAACUAGAACUGUAGCCUCAAUUUGGUGGUUUUUCACAUUGAUUAUGGUUUCAUCAUAUACUGCUAAUUUAGCUGCGUUUUUAACAGUCGAAUCAUUGAGUAGUCCAAUAAAUGAUGUUAACGAUUUAGCUGAAAAUAAGGGUAACGUAAAGUAUGGUACUGUGGCGAACGGUGCAACUCGCACAUUCUUUCAGGUUUCAGAUGAACCAACAUACAUGAAAAUUAAUGAAUACUUAACAAAUAAUCCGCAUCUUUUAUUAAAAAAUAAUGUAGAAGCUGUAGAAAAAGUUUUAAAUGAAAACUAUGCUUUUUUUAUGGAAUCAACUUCAAUUGAAUACAAUAUUUAUAGAAAAUGUAAUUUAACACAAAUUGGAUCGCUAUUAGAUGAGAAAGGUUAUGGAAUAGCAAUGAAAAAAAAUUCACCAUAUAGAGAUAAACUUAAUCAUGCGUUAUUAGAAUUACAAGAGAGUGGUGUUAUAAGUAAAAUGAAAAACAAAUGGUGGAAGGAAGUUGGCACCAGUGGAUGCUCGGCUAAAAAAGAACAAAGUGAAGCUGCAGAAUUAGAUAUGGAUAACUUAGGUGGUGUAUACUUUGUGUUGUCUAUUGGAAGUAUUAUAGCUCUUUUUUACGGUUUGGUUGAUUGGACUGUUGCUGUUUUUAGGCAAUCACGGAAAGCACAUGUGCCGUUUAAACAAGAGUUUAAAGAAGAAUUUAAAUUUGUUUCACAACUUAAUAAUUUUACGAAAACUGUUAAACCAACAACAGCUUCAUCAUAUUCAAGAAAUUCAUCCGUUACAAUGCAAUCAACGGAAAAUGAUAGUACAAACAAUAAAACAUCUGCGAAUAGUAAUGGUAAAGCUUUACCAACUCGUAUAUCAAAUUUUUAAUGGGACCUUUUAUUUUCCUAAUGAAUAAGGAAUUUCAAAAUGAAUCUCAAUCAUGUAUCUAAUUAAAAAUAAAGUAAAUUCAUUACUAUUUAUAAAUAAUUUUCUA